UGGAGUAAAUGCUAUUGGAGACAGUUUAUUUUUCUCUAUGACGAGCCUGGGUCUGAGCCUCAGAAUAGACCGAUCUAUGGAGACUUUUGUGACAUUCAGUGUUGAUGCACGUCGUCGGUACACGGGGAUAUGGACAGGUGCCUGUGGGAACUUUGAUGACCAGUUCACAGAUGAGAUCAAGCUAGCCACCAACAGACAUGAAGCCGAGACUUAUGGACAGUUACAUUCUCGAGACCCAUGCAGUGCUCCUGCCAGCAAGUGCCGUACCCAGAGAGAGAGGGAUGAGGCCAAGAGAAUGUGCUCAGUGCUCACCUCACGUCUCUUUCAAAACUGCCAUGACCAGGUUAGCGUGGAGCCGUACAUAAAUUCUUGCGAGGUCUCUGUGUGUGCCUCGAGUCCUGGCAGGAAACAGGCGAUGAGGUGCCAGGCUAUUAGUGCAUACACAACGUCUUGCGCUCAUGUGAAUAUCGUCAUAGACUGGCGAACAAGGCUCUCUUGUGCUCGAUCGUGUGGAAACAACAUGGUAUACAUGGAUUGCGGCCCUUCGUGUCGGCCAUCUUGUGGGCGGCCCCUGUCUUCCUACAUCCUUGAGGAGUGCGGGACGUGUGUGCCAGGUUGUCACUGCCAGGAAGGUCACGUGAUGUUUAAUGGCACCUGCAUCCAGGCAUCUGAUUGUCCCUGUGGGCACAAUGGCAUCUUCUACGAUACCAACGACACGAUACAAAUACAUGAUACUUGCCAGAUAUGUACAUGUGGAAAGUUCGGCCUGUGGAACUGCAGCUAUACGUCCUACUGCUACUCGUCCUGCUCGGUGUUUGGGCCGGGUGUUGUGACGACGUUUGACGGGGAAGAAUUUAUGCUGGCGACCAAUGACGUGGCGUGUAACUUCAUUCUGGUCUACUCAAAGGAGUUCAACAUUGAAAUCAACUUGCUGACAAGCCACGCCCCACAAAGGGAGACCAAUAUUGUGAUCAGGGGAUUCGAGGUCAAAAUCAAAAACCAUCACGUUCGGGUGGAGCAAGUCUCGGCUUCAAGUUUUGAAGUGUUGGAUAUGAAGUCCGCCACAGCAGCCAUCUUGCCCUACUUAGAAAGGGAUGUUUACAUACGUCAGCCGACCGCCAACAGCAUUGCAGCAGAUUUUAAACACUUCCGUGUCAUGUUGUUUGACAUGCAUUAUUUGGUCGUUUCAGCACUCAACUCCAAAUACUCAGGAUUGCUGAGAGGAUUGUGCGGUAACCUCAACAGUUUGAUCAGUGAUGAGAGAGUCUUAAUGUCUGGAAUCGAGGCCAACUCUGACGAGAUAUUUAUCCAAGCCUAUUCAGAGAGUAGCUGCGGUCACAUGAGACAAUAUAAGCGAAUCGCUUCAUUUGGCACUUCCAACUUUACAUGUCAAUAA